AUGUCAAACGCCCUGAAAACCGCGCAGAAUCGGCUGUCCGCUUUAGCAUCUACGCUCACCGGCGGCUCAUCCCAAGUAUUCCCAGCAUUCGACGACCUGCCAAAGGUCGAAGGGCAACCGCAGGGAUGCAUCUGGGGUCUCUUCGACACGGAGGGCAAGAAAGAUGAGGUUGGGACUCUCAACCUCCUGACUAAAGACGUCGUCCGAGAAGCCAGCCGUGAGAUCACCACGGGCGAGCACGUCCAGCUGGACUGGUGUCUUGAGAACGUCCAGUUCCCGGGCUUCGGCCGCAAGCCGUUCGAGCAGAAGGUCGUGGACCUGGCACCCCUGGGGUUCAGUGCGCUGGAUGAUGAGGUCUAUAUCAAUACGCAGAGCGGCUCGCAGUGGGACAGCUUGAAGCAUUUCGCUCACCAGAAGACGGGCAUGUACUACAAUGGCCUAUCGCAUCAGGAGGCAACCAAGUCCGUCACCAACGGCAUCCACAAUUGGUGCGAGCGAGGCGGUAUCGUUGGGCGUGGUGUGCUCGUUGACUGGCUCCGGUGGUACGAGCAGAAGAACGGCAAAGAGCCCCCAUCGCCGGUAUCCCGACAUGAGAUACCAGCCAAGGAGCUCGAGGAGACGCUCAAGUGGCAAGGCACAACGACGCGACCAGGCGACAUCCUUCUAGUCCGCAGUGGCUACGUGCGCUGGCACAACUUCGCCUCCCCCGAAGACCGCAAACGCGGCACCCAAGACAACAGCGUUGCCAUCGGCGUCCAAAAUAGCGAGGAGACCGUCCGCUGGCUCUACGACAGGCACUUCGCCGCCGUGGCCGGUGAUACCGUGGCCUUCGAGGCAUGGCCCCCGCCAAUGGAGGCCGGGUGGUGCCUGCACGAAUGGCUGCUGGUGCAGUGGGGCACGCCGAUUGGCGAGAUGUGGGAUCUGGAAGAGCUGAGUAAAAUCUGUGAGAAGAAUGGGCGGUGGAGCUUCUUUUUGACGAGCGCGCCGUUGCAUGUUAAGGGGGGUGUGGGGAGUCCGCCGGGAGCUAUUGCGGUGUUUUGA